AUGAACUGUGAGAGAAGCAUAAACUGUGAGAGAGGCGUGAACUGUGAGAGAGGUGUGAACUGUGAGAGAGGCUUGAACUGUGAGAGAGGCAUGAACUGUGAGAGAGGCGUGAACUGUGAGAGAGGCAUGAACUGUGAGAGAGGCAUGAACUGUGAGAGAGGCAUGAACUGUGAGAGAGGCAUGAACUGUGAGAGAAGCAUGAACUGUGAGAGAGGCAUGAACUGUGAGAGAGGUGUGAACUGUGAGAGAGGCAUGAACUGUGAGAGAGGCAUGAACUGUGAGAGAGGCGUGAUCUGUGAGAGAAGCGUGAACUGUGAGAGAGGCGUGAACUGUGAGAGAGGUGUGAACUGUGAGAGAGGCGUGAACUGUGAGAGAGGUGUGAACUGUGAGAGAGGUGUGAACUGUGAGAGAGGUGUGAACUGUGAGAGAAGCAUGAACUGUGAGAGAGGCAUGAACUGUGAGAGAGGCAUGAACUGUGAGAGAGGUGUGAACUGUGAGAGAGGUGUGAACUGUGAGAGAGGUGUGAACUGUGAGAGAGGUGUGAACUGUGAGAGAGGCAUGAACUGUGAGAGAGGCAUGAACUGUGAGAGAGGGAUGAACUGUGAGAGAGGCAUGAACUGUGAGAGAGGCCAGAGGUGCUGGAAUGGACUCCAUAAAUGA